AACGUCGUACCGUGUCAGAGAAUUUGAUAAAGAACACAAGGGAUCUUGUCGUACGACGUAUAGAUCGGUCUCCAUGCAGGAUGGCAAGGAAACCACCAGCGGGAUUACCCUAAGUUUUUUCAAAGACCAGGAAUGAAUUGGAUUCUCUUUCGGCAACCGCUCUGAUCGAACACCUUUGUGUCUUCUAACAGGAUCUGAUCUGGUAGCUUCUGGUGCUGGACAGUCGAGAACGCUUUGCAAGGAAGCGUCGUGCGUCUCGUAUCAUGACCCUGGAACAUCCAUCGGCUUCCAUCGUCACCGCCUCCACCCGAACGAACACUCUUUGACUCUUGUGAUCAACAUACCAAUACAUCUCUCACUCCGGAAUCCAAACCAGAUCAUACAUACAAUACAAGCAACAUGACCACCUCAGUCGCAUCCAAGCGACUAUUCCAGGAAUACAAGCACCUCACCCAAGACCCUCCGGAUGGCAUCACUGCUGGCCCUGUAGAAGAGGACGACCUGUUCAUCUGGGAGGCUCUGAUCGAAGGCCCUGAGGGCACUCCAUACGAAGGCGGCAUCUUUCCUGCCGAACUCAAAUUCCCAAAGGACUAUCCUCUCAUGCCACCAACCAUGAAGUUUCUCACAGACCUUUGGCACCCCAACGUCUACCCCAACGGCGUCGUCUGCAUCUCCAUCCUCCAUCCUCCCGGUGACGAUCCCAACCACUACGAACACGCAUCCGAACGCUGGUCGCCAAUCCAGAGUGUAGAGAAGAUCUUGAUUAGUGUUAUGAGCAUGCUGGCCGAGCCCAACGACGAGUCACCCGCCAAUGUCGACGCUGCAAGGAUGUGGAGGGAGAGAAGACCUGAGUUUAACAAGAAGGUCAAGCAGGACGUCAGAAGAUCCUUGGGACUGUGAGUGCAGUCGGUACGGGUUGAUUACAAGAACAAUUGCAUAAGCGUGGCGUAACGGACAUCGGCGUUUGGGUGACAUCAAGAGCACAUGGGAUACAAGGAGG